AUGUCGUCGAUAUCCCCGCCAAGAAAAAGGAAAAGAUACAAUUCUAGCUUCAACAAUGAAUGGCUGAAAACUUUUGACUUCAUUCACAGAAGUAAAAAAGGUGAUCUGUACGCAUUUUGUACUAUUUGUCAUACAGAUUUCUCUGUAAGCCAUGGCGGAAAAUACGACAUCGAGAAACACAGAGAGACAGAGAAGCACAAGCAGUCAUAUAAAGUAAGAUCUCAACAUUCAAGUUUGAAAACUUUAUUUAAGGCAGAAUCAACGGACUUAAAUGAAAAAGUACGCCAGGCAGAGUUACUCUUUGUGGAGUACCUUGUGGAGCAUAAUCUCCCGUUUGCAGCUGCAGAUCACUUUACCAAACUUGCAAAGUGUAUGUACCCUGAUAGUGACAUUGCCAAGAGACAAUCUUGUGGAAGAAUGAAAUCUACAAUGAUUGUGAAAAACUGUUUGGAUCCGACAUACAGAAAUCCUGUUGUGGAAUACUGCAGAAAUAAUAUGUUCUCACUGUUAAUAGACGAGUCCACUGACUAUGGAUGUGACAAAUGUCUUGUCAUUCUGGUUCGCUAUUUUGACUCUCAACGUGGUGCUGUCACUAGAUUUCUAGAUAUGCCAGUGUGCAAUAUUGGAACAGGGGAGGCAAUUUUUGAAGUCAUAAAUGAAACUUUCAGAAAGCUUAACAUUCCUUGGCAUAAUGUUGUUGCUUUUACAAGUGACAAUUGUAACGUCAUGAAGGGAGCCAACAAUUCUGUCAUAUCUAGAAUUAAAGCUGUUCAGCCUGAUAUAUUUGAUGUCGGCUGCAUAUGUCACCUGGCAAAUCUGUGUUGUGGCAGUGCUGUUAAGCAGCUUCCUUUUGCUGUUGAUGACUUGCUGAUAGAUAUUUAUUUUCACUUCAACAAAAGUUCAAAGAGAGUUGAGGAAUACAAGGAAUUUGCUGCCUUCACAGAAACAGAUCCAUUGAAGAUACUGAAGCACUGCACCACUAGAUGGCUGAGUCUUGAGAAGUGUGUAAGGAGAACUCUUCAUCAAUGGCCAGCACUACAGUCCUAUUUCUCAAGCCACAAAGAUGUUGAAAGAUCUGGAGGACGAGUGAAAAAAAUUUCAGAACUUCUGACCAAUCCUGAAGUGAAGCUCUACUUUUUGUUUCUUGAUUUCAUCCUUGUUCCUCUCAAUGAGUUCAACACUCUUUUUCAGUCUGAUCGUUGUCUGCUGGGGUCCUUGAAGUCAGAAAUGGAAAGACUUCUCAGAAAAUUCACAGCAAAGUUCAUCAAAGCUUCUGUCAUUAGAGAACACAACACAGACCUUACUAAAGUCCCAUUCUACUCUGAUGAGGCCCAACUUUCAGAUGAACUCCUGGCUGUUGGAAUGUCAGCUAGAUCCUUCCUGGCAGAAGAGGAGGAAAACAUUCCAAUUGCAACACCAUCAAGAUUUUUCAUGUUUGUCAGAAAAUUCUACCAGGCUGUAGUUUCAAAGAUGGUGAAGAAAUUUCCAUUUAAAGACUCUCUGUUACAGGAUCUCAGAAUCAUUGACCCCAAGAAUAGAAAGGAUGUUACAGCUGAGACAGCAAUGAACUUGGCUAAAAGGUUCAAGAUUCUUCAAGAUGAGGACCUGGACUCUUUGACUGAUGAGUGUCAUGAUUAUGUGGUUUCCCCUGAUGAUGACCUUCCAUCAGCUGAACAAGAAAUCAACACAUUUUGGAUUGAAAUGUCCCAACAAAAGCUUGCCAAUGAUCAACUCAGAUUUCCCAAACUGUGCUCUAUUGUUAAAGCCAUGAUGGCAAUUCCAAAUUCAAAUUCUGAAUGUGAAAGAGUGUUUUCUUGUCUUAAGAAAAUCCAAACCAGUUUCAGGUCAGAGUUAUCUCAGGAGACCAUCUGUUCCAUUCUAGCAAGUAAACUUAACAAUGACAAUGUGUGCUUCCAGUCAAUUCCAACAAAGGCAACUCUCCAAAUGGCAAGAACAGCCACUAAAACCUACUGUGAAGAACACAAAUAA